ACGGUGCGCACCUGUUGACGGUUUCCUGGUAGGUGGUGAGGUGAGCGCGGAUUGUGGGCCAGCAAGUGAAGAAGCCAUCGCCGGCUACUCGAUAUCGGGGCUUCCAGUGCGUGUGUGUGUGCGCGUCUAUGAAAAGUGAAUAACUCAAGCGGGCCCAGAGCAAAGGCUGCGCAUGCGUGUGAGUGCGCCGCAGAAAGAAAUGAGUGUUUUUGUUGCUCCAAGUGAAUACUGUACGAUUCGUUUGGCUGGUGAAAUUUUCCAUUAUUAGCGUUAUUUAUGUGCAAAAUCUAAUUGAAAAUAACGUGCAACGGCGCUGCACGCAAAAACAUCAAUCAAAUCUCGGCGAUUGCAAUCGUGUGAUUAAUGGAAACGCUUUGAGCUUAAAACCACACUCGUUCAAAGCCAAAACAUGCCUCGCCCAGGCACGGUUCAUCAAUAAAAAUAAACACAUACCGAAAAUAAAUAAUAGAAACCCCUGACAAUAAGCCUCAGUCUCGAAGAGGUAAAAGAGUGUGGCCUCCGCGGAACUCGUAGUUUAUGCAAACAUGCGACGAAAGCCACAGAAUUUAACACACAAUACACCAUCGGGCAGGGACGGAGACAGAGGAGGAGGAGGCACCUCCCGGCCGUCAGCAAUUUCCAACAAUAGAAUGCCAAGAGACCAUCGACACUUGAUGGCCAUGGCCGCGUCGACGCUGCCACUGGCCCUGCUGCUGCUCCUCGUUCAAAUAGCAGCUGGUCAGCACGAGAGCAUCUCGCAGAUCUCGCCCAAGUCGAGCAGCCACCGCAGUCCGGCCCGUCUGAGCAUCGAGAGCACCGUGGUGGACUCCAUCAACGGCCUGGCCGAGGGUCCCUCAUCCCCCCGCGACUUGAACGAGAACGAAACGCGGGCGGAUCGAGUGGCGCGUUCGGCGUCACCCAUCCUGCACGAGCGCCAGCCCGUGGGACCCAAUGAUGUGCACUUUCCGGAGGACCUGGAGAAAGAUGUGUCUGCCGGUCGGUACUUCCACUACAAUAUCAAGCCGACGGGCACGUAUGACAACCAGGAGGAGCAGCCGGAGCGAACGCAACAGGGAAUCAGGGCUGGGAAGACCCUCUCGAGGAGCAGCAGCACCAGCAGCGGCAGCAGUUCGGAGCAGUCUUUUUUAGGGCGGGGGGACCUGCGACCGCUAGUGUCGGGGUCCCCGAUCCUGCCGAGUCCGAGCAGUACUGCCACCUCGGCGACGGGGGCCAGUGCCACCCAGGCGCCGCAUAGUCCGCGCCAGAACGGAAACCCCGACAUCCAGGACAUCAUCACGGGCAUCGUGAAGCUCCUUAAUGGCAAUGUCAAUGUCCAUGCGAACACACAGGGUGUGCGGAGACCCUCGGCCAGUAGGAUCAACAAUCGGGGUCCACCGAGGAUCUCGGAGGCCCAGAACCUGCCCAUCGACUACGAGGCCCAGAAGCCCGGCACUUCGAUGCGACCACCGCCAUAUCCUUUCGAUCGUCCGGAGCGUCCCUUCAUCACGGGUGUGCCCAUUCCCGAGCAGAUUGUGCCAGUGCGUCCGGGAUUCGUGAGUAAUCGCCCGCCCUGGUAUCGCAACAAGCCACGCCCACCCAUUGCCACCAGUGUGGGCGGCCAACGGAGGCCCCUUCCUCAGUAUAAACCCCUACCAGCUCCGCAAGUGCAGACUACCGCUCUUCAACCGCAGGAUCAGCUGGAUAGGAAGAACGAGAAGGAACAGAAUCACCAGGAGCCACAGCAGCCAGCAGCAGAGGAUGUGGUGCAACCCACCGACACCACCUACGAUUCCGAGUUCUCCAACGAAGAUGCGAAUGCUCAGUAUAUUGAAGUCUCCGACCAGGAUACGGAUGCCACCGGGGGUGGAGAGGUGGAUGAUGAACUGCUGGCUCCGCCUGCUCAGCCCUCCACCACCAGCAAUCCACCAACUCCUCCAACCACACCCUCCAAGAAGAAGCACAAGCCCAAGCCAGGCAGCGAGAAGAAGAAGCUGCCAGAGGAGCCACACCUGGACGAGGGCUUCACUACUAUCAUCGAGACCAGCUCGGUGGUGCACACUGUGAUGGGCUUGUCCUCCACAUACGUGCCCAUGUCCAUGGACAGUUCGGAGAGCCUGGGUCUGGAUCCCUCCACCGAGGAGGUGAUCUUCAUGACCGCCAAUCGAACACCUGGCCUGGAAACGAGUGCCACCUCCUCGCUGAGCAUCACCACGUCGUCCAACCCGGCCUUAGACAUCCAACCUACGUCCUCCAAAGAAUCCACUACCAUUAAAACCACCACCACCACCACUACCACUAGCAGCUCCACCUCAACCACCACCACCACCACCCCGCCAUCUACUUCGAGUUCCACCGAAAGUGGCCCACCUAAUAGUUCCAAUGCUAACACUGCCAAUGCCACUCCGCCCGCCCCCUACCAUCCCCGCCCCGGGAUAGUCCUCGACGACCCCGAGUUCAAGCCCGGCGGUCGACCACGCCCACCCAACCAACGACCACCACCCCAACAGAGCCUUCCUGUGCCUGCGGUGCAGCCUACGCGGCAGCAUCUGCCACCCGGCUACGGGGAGAUCUUCGACGUGACCCUCUCGGCCAUCCAGGGACCAGGUCCCAAGGGCAGUGGCUCCCAGCAGACGAUCAACAUUAAGCCAUACGGAAGCUAUGCGGCGGGCGGAGGUCAAGGCCAGGGCGACAUCAUUGUGUCGGCAUCAGGUGACGAAGGCUUUGUCUCCAUCGACGGCAAGCGCACUUACAUCAAUCUCUUUGGUGACCCCACAGAUCCCCCAGCGGGCGCCACAACUCCGGCCACGCGACUGCCCCAGUUGCCGGGCUCAGCAUCGGGAUCAGGAUCAGGCUCAGGACUAGGAGUUAGUUCCAACAGUGGAGUUAAUAGUGGUGGUAAUGGUGGCUCCUCCAGCUCCCCUGCAGUUCCAGCCAACGCAGUUACCCAGAGCAGUGGUGGCUACGUGGUGCCCGAAACGGAGGUGGUGGACCUUCAGGGUCACAGCAAGCCCCAAGGAACAGGAGGAGCUCCGACGACGAAUGCCGGACCGACGAGACCCCACUACCGACAGAGACCAACGCAGCCGCCGGUGAGGAUCGACACCUGCAUCGUGGGCGAUGACUCUACCUGCGACCAGGCGCAGCACGAGCGGUGCAAGACGGACAACGGCGUCUCCAGCUGCCACUGCAGGCCAGGAUACUCCCGAAGGAAACACAGGGAGCCCUGCCGAAGAGUCAUCGCCUUCCAUCUGGGCAUGCGCGUGGACCGCAUCUAUGAGCACCGAAUUGUCUGGGACACCAAGUUAAUGGACAAGCACAGCGAACCCUUUGGACAGCUCAGCUAUGAAUCGAUAAGAGCGCUGGACUCAGCCAUGUCGAUGACGCCCUACUCGGACGAGUUCAUGGAGGCUAAGGUGAACAACAUCUACCGAGGAGAUCCCAACCUGGGCGGCAGUGGAGUCUACGUGAACAUGACCAUCAAGCUGGACGAGAGUGUGGAGACUCUGCGACCCAACCUCCGCAGCGACGUCCAGAAGCAUCUUCUGGGAGUGCUCCACCGGCGAAACAACAACAUCGGCAACUCCGUGCUGUACGUAAGUUCUCCGGAGGGGGCGGUGUCGGCUCUCCAGGAUCUGGACGAGUGUCAGUCUGCGGAGCUGAAUGACUGCCAUCCCGGCGCCAGUUGCAGCAACACCUGGGGCAGCUUCCGCUGUGCCUGCGAGGCGGGACUGAGAGAUCCCUGGGCUGACCAGCCGGCGCGAUCCGGUCGCGAGUGCCAGGCCUGUGCGGAUUCGGUGUGCAACAACCACGGCACCUGCAGCUAUGCGGAGGAUGGGGCCCAGGUGUGCACCUGCGACUCCAGCCACUAUGGCGCCCAGUGCGAGAUCGACGGCGAGGUGUUGGGCGUGGCCAUCGGCGCUUCCGUGGCCGCCAUCAUCAUCAUCGUCCUGACCCUGGUGUGUCUGAUCAUGUGGUCACGCCGCUGGCAACGCGAGCAGAAGAAUGCCAUGGGCUCUCCGGUCUUUGGAUACAUGAACACCGCGCCCCUGAAGUCCGCCGGAUUGCCACAGGCUGGCUACCAGGUGACCCUGGAGGACCGCAUGCGCUGGGCCCAGAUAGCUGACGUCAUGGCCCAGACGAAUCACUACGGGCAGGCCGAGCCCAUCGGACCCACUCGGCCAUCGUCGGCGAUGUUUGCUUACCCCAACCUGGGAGCCAUGGGAAUGGGCACCCUGGGCGGGAUGUCCCUCCAGAGCACCAUGCAGAUGCACCCCAGUGCCACUCUGGCGCCUCCAGUGCCAUUGCCCAGAAGACUUGGCCUGGGUCCCCGCUCAAACGGAAUGCGGACGCUGGAGAACUCCAGUUCGAGCGAGGAGGAGGAUCGCGCCGAUCUGCUGGGACGGAAUUUCCAAGUGCCACGCCCCAAAAGUCGCAGCAACGGCAGCAUAGCGAACCAAUCUGGCAUCUACUACGAUGUGGACUAUGAGCCGUCCGGCAAUGGGAUCGGCAACUCCAGCGUGGACCACCUGUACGGGUCGCACAACCAGUCGGUGACGCACUCGUCCGGUCACAGCCACAUCCCGGGACCCCAGGGCAUUCCGAUGAGCACAUACACCUCGGGCCGCGCUCCCAGCAGCUACUACAUGAAGUGACCCAGUGAACUCUGGCCGUGGGACUCCCCCAACCCUGUACAUACGCAACCUAGAGUAGGACUUACAUAGGCGACUAAAACCCUUUUCCACUGCAGUCCCCGCGGCGACUGCAGCUGAGACGCGUUUUGAGCGAAGCCCCUUUUAGCAUGAGAAACGUAGACUUAGGACUAUCCGUAGGUUCCAUCUGUAGAUGUACGCAAUGCAAGCAGCAGCUAAUCAUUAAUUUUAACGCCUAUCCUAAACACUUAAAUUAUUUCACUGCUUUCCCCUCGAAGUCAAGUCCCCUAAACUAGUUGCUUAGCUUAUCUUACUGUAUUAAAUCUGUAAACUAGUUAAGUUCACAUAGCAAGAAUGUCUGUUUAUGUAUAUAAAUAAAUAAAAGAUUUAAAUUAACGUA